CGUUUCUCUUCGGUGUCGAUGGCUGAAGAUGGAGGUCGGUGCUUCGUCCUCUGGCGGCACCGCGGCUCUCGUUACCGAGGCUCAGUUUACUCAGCUUUUCAGAAAACUCUUGAAGAAAGAAGGGAUUUUGAACUCCCUUUAUCGAGUGCAGAAACUUCCUGAUGGGACCACAGCAUUGCCUAUACUUGGCCAAAACUUCACAUCUCAGCACCUACAACAGCUAAAGGAGAGCAUACCACAUGGAAAGGCCUGCACUCUGACAUGGAUACAUAAUCCUAUUCCUUCGAAAGCAGUUAUGGUACGUUCACCUGUUCAGAAACUGCACAGUGAGCUACAGCACCUCAUGUCGAUCUAUGGUGCUACGUGGUCAGAAGAGUUGGAGAAAGAUCUGCCACGGUCCUGGCAGAGGCAUGGGGACCUCGUUCUUCUAAGUGAAGAUUGCUUUAGAGCAAAGCAGUGGAGAGAAUUUGGCCAAGGACUUUGGCAGGUGGUUGCUGAUGCUUUGGGGUCCCGGCGUUUAGCCAAACGGGGGCGAGUGCAGACGGAUUUGUUUCGCUCUCCUGCUGUGACCCUGUUGCUGGGUGAGGAUGGUUGGGUUGAACAGGUGGACAACGGAAUCAGAUACAGCUUUGAUGUGACCCAGUGCAUGCUGUCUCCCGGAAACAUUACUGAGAAGCUACGGAUAGCCUCUAUGUUAUGCACUGGAGAAGUAGUGGUGGAUCUGUAUGCUGGGAUUGGCUAUUUCACUCUGCCGUACUUAAUUCAUGCUGGUGCUGCCUUUGUCCACGCUUGUGAAUGGAAUCCCCAUGCUGUGGAAGCUCUUAGGAGGAACCUGCAGCUGAACGGUGUUCAGGAUCGCUGCCACAUUCACCAGGGGGAUAAUAGGAAGGUUGAACUACAGGAUGUGGCUGACAGAGUAAACCUGGGAUUGAUCCCGACAUCGGAGGAAGGGUGGCCAGUCGCUUGCCAGGUCUUGAGAAAGGAUGUCGGAGGGGUCCUUCACAUACACCAAAACGUGGAGGCGUUUCCAGGAAAGGCACCCGAGUUAUCCCAGCAACUGGAGAAGGAUCAAUCACCCAAGCAGCCUCCCACCCAAGCAACUUCCCGUGUCCAAGAAGAUCGCAUAGCUCUGAAGGACCACGAUGUUCUCCAGAAGGUUGGACAAUCAUUCGCGGCUUCAGCCAAACAGGAAUGGCAGGGCUGGGCAGAAGUCACGGCGACACGGAUCCAGGAUUUGCUUCAGGACCUGGACAGGAAACCUUGGAAAACCCAAAUCCUGCAUCUUGAACAUGUGAAAUCGUACGCCCCUCACGUAGACCAUCUUGUCUUGGACCUAGAUUGCCGGCCGCUCGAGUAACGUAUGGGGAAUAUCUUCUCUCGUACUCAGGGGACCUUGGAAGAAGCACAUUCUCGAUCUUCUUCACGAGCUGCUUCCUGCUUUUUGAAUCCUGAAGUUGGUGGCUGGGAGUGUCACAUAAUUUGAGGGGUUUUGUGAAUGCAGUCAGAAUUUUAAUGAAUCUUGGCAGGGACUGAACAUAAGUAGGUGAUAGAAGUGAUUUGGGCAACUAGUUGAUGCCUGCCGGGUUCUACCAAAUAAGCCAAUCCUUCAAGCUAUAAGCCAAUCCUUCCAGACUUAUACUAUUUUCUGGAGGUUCUACAUCAUAUCGAAUAACUUUUGGCUAUCAUAGAUGAACCUGGUUCUUCCCUAUGGUGUCUGCAAAAGAGCAUAAGAAUUAUGAGAACGAUUACAAACCACGUAAGCUAAAUCCAGCCAUUCACAUGAAAAACAUUUCUUAUUGUCAUUAUUGGUUGACUAACCCAGAAUCAUGCAUUUAAAUUAAGCUGAAAACCAUCGGGUCUUGGCUCCCAUAUCUGGAUUCACACAACAGCUAG